UUUAAAAACGGAGAACAAAAAUUAGUACUUCCCUCUCCAAUUAUUAUACCAAAACCCAAUCCUCUUACAGUAUAGCCAGUAAUGGUGGUACUCCGGUUGCAGCUUCUUCCUCAACAGAUAAACCCCUACCCAUUCAUCGCAUUCACCAUAAUUUCCUCCCCAAAAUCCACCCAAUUCCCAAAAGCUUUCAACUACCAAUAUGGCCUUCAGACCCACCUUUCCUCCUCCACCGCUGCCGGCUCCGGAAGAAAAUUCCGGGAAAAAAUUCUCUACCUCCGAGACCUCAACAUAAAUAUAAACAAAGCCCUAGAAAAGAAUCCCAACAUACGAGCGGCCUUAUUGUCCUCGCUUCAAUCCAUCGAAGAAUGUAUUUCUUCCAUGGGCUUAGACCGCUCUGCCGUCGGCCGUAUUCUGGAUAUGUAUCCUCAACUCCUCACUUCCGACCCAUAUGGUGAAAUUUACCCCGUUUUCGAAUUCCUCUUGAACGACGUCGAAAUCCCAUUUCCGGAUAUCCACAAGUCCCUUAUUAGGUGCCCCAGAUUGUUGAUUUGUAGUGUUGAGAAUCAGCUGAAGCCCGCUUUGAAGUUCUUGCAAGAAUUGGGCUUUGUUGGCUCGAACAGAAUCACUUGCCAAACCACUGUUCUAUUGGUUUCUAAUGUUGAUCAAACUCUGAUCCCCAAAGUUGAGUUCUUAAUGGGAUUGGGGUUUGAUUACGAGGAGGUGUCGAAUAUGGUGUUGAGGUCACCUGGGCUGUUGACAUUUAGUAUAGAGAAUAAUUUUAAGCCGAAAUUGGAUUACUUUCUGAAGGAAAUGAAUGGGGAUGUCAAGGAAUUGAAGAAGUUUCCGCAGUACUUUUCGUUUAAUUUGGAGGGGAAGAUUAAGAGAAGGCAUAGGAUUUUGGUGGAACAUGGAUUGACAAUGCCAUUGUCAAACAUGCUGCGGGUUAGUGAUGGGGAAUUCAAUGCCAGGCUGAUUGAAAUGCAGUUGCAGAGAACGGAUGAAAGGCGAUUGUAGUAAGUUGCUUUGUUCUGUCUUCUAUUUAGAUGUAAAUUUUGUUGGAGCUGGCUCAAUAGCAUUACUCUUUGUUCGUACACUUCAGUAGACAGAUUGAAUUUUGGUCCGAUGUUUAUACAUAAGAAGAAAUAGAUAAGAGAUUGUUAGCUCACACACCGAGGUAAUGUUCACGUGUGUGAUUGUGGUUAUUAUGUACUGCUUAGGUGAUUCAGAAUUUGUAAUUGAGAAAACUUAUGGUUGUAGAUGAAAUGAAAUUGAGAACUCUUUACUGUGCAGUCCAUUGAAAUGUAGCCACGAUGUUGAUGUCCUAAGUGAGAGAGAGAGGGGGGUUUCUAAUGGCCAAUCAUCAGCUAUUUGGAACUAAUGAGCUGUUUGCCCCUCAGAUAUGUAAUUAUGUAUCUGGCUUAUUUAGGCAUCUAUCAUAUAUUGGGAGAUAUAGGGUAUGAUCGUGGGGGAGUGAUCUUGAACACUUCAUGCAGUCACGCGUGAGCUUAAUGUAUCCGAAAUGGACAUACUUCAGCUGGUGUUUAGCUUCCAUCAAUCAGAAUCCCUGCAUAAUGUUGCACGUCUGUACUGUAUUUCCAUUGUUGGUUUUAGUGCAAUCAAUAGGAUCAGGUUUUAGCACAAGAAUGGAGGGUUUGUUUUCCCAAAUUGUUGAUUGGAUAUGGUCAUUCAUGAUGAAAUGUGUCCUCCGCAGAAGGGAUGAUGUGCUAGUUCACCUGCUAGAAGAGUGAAUGUGAUAAAGCUUGAUAAUUAGUUCUGUUUUCAGUCUGGAUGAGAUAGGAUGCAAAGCCACCUGAUUCACUAUUGAACCAGUAAUGAUCAGUGCACUGCCUGCAGGCUGCAGUUUCACUGAGGCAGUCCUCAUUUGCAUUUCCGUGGGCUAAUAAAUGUUGGAGAGAAUGUAUAUUUUUUGGGCUAAAUGAGUUGGGCUAUGUUCUCGACUCGUAUUUGUCAUAGUAGUUGCCAAUCAAAAGGGAAGCCUGUCCAACCAAAAUGAGACCUUCCCACUUGUUCAAGUUCUUCUUCAAUGUAUCUUGGGGUAUUGGGCUUCACCAAAAGUAACUCGAAGUAGACAGUUUCGAACAAACGAUGAUAAUCCGAUGAUAACUUGUCGUGUAGUAAUAAUGCUUAACAGAAAUAAUGUUAACAGAAUAGUUGGACCUUAAUUGGGUGGUAAAUUUUAUGCAUGUAUGCCAUGAAGGCAACUAGGUAGCGACCUCUUUAGCUAAAUUCGGUUUCUUUUGUUUUAUUGGGUUGCAAAUUUUGCCACAACGUAUGUAACACAGUACUUUC